AAGGCGGGGCCUACCUCGCAUCAGGACCAGUCUGGCUGCACCUGCAUCCUUCGCUCAGAGCAUCCCUGGAGCAUCUUAGGAGGCGCCCGCAGCUGGCAACCAGGGGCCCGGCCGUCGCAGGAGGCGUCCGCCAGAUACCUCCCCCCCUCCCCUGAGCUAGCGCUCUACCGCGGCGGCCUCGGUGCUGGCCGGGCGUCCCCAGACUUGGCCGACCACUGAAAAAGCAUUUACAGCAACAGCCUCUGAUUACGACAUGGCUGAGAUCACCAAUAUCCGACCUAGCUUUGAUGUGUCGCCGGUGGUGGCCGGCCUCGUCGGGGCGUCCGUGCUUGUGGUGUGCGUCUCGGUGACCGUCUUCGUGUGGACGUGCUGCCACCAGCGGGCAGAGAAGAAGCACAAGACCCCCCCCUAUAAGUUUAUCCACAUGCUCAAAGGCAUCAGCAUAUACCCAGAGACCCUCAGCAACAAGAAGAAAAUCAUCAAAGUGCGGAGAGACAAAGACGGCCCCGGGAGGGAAGGGGGGCGGGGGAGCGUGCUGGUGGACGCGGCGGAGGCUGGCCUGCUGGGCCGAGACAAAGGCCCCGGGGGCCCCAGCUCUGGAUCUUGUAUGGACCAGCUACCUAUUAAAGUGGACUAUGGGGAAGAACUGAGGAGCCCCGUCGCGAGCCUGACCCCCGGGGAGAGCAAAACCACUUCUCCGUCGUCUCCGGAGGAGGACGUCAUGCUAGGAUCCCUCACCUUCUCGGUGGACUAUAACUUCCCGAAAAAAGCGCUGGUGGUGACAAUCCAGGAGGCUCACGGGCUGCCGGUGAUGGAUGAACAGACCCAGGGCUCCGACCCCUACAUCAAAAUGACCAUCCUUCCCGACAAGCGGCAUCGGGUGAAGACCAGAGUGCUGCGGAAGACCCUGGACCCCGUGUUUGACGAGACCUUCACCUUCUACGGCAUCCCGUACAGCCAGCUGCAAGACCUGGUGCUCCACUUCCUCGUCCUCAGCUUUGACCGCUUCUCCCGGGACGACGUCAUCGGGGAGGUCAUGGUGCCGCUGGCCGGCGUGGACCCCAGCACGGGCAAGGCACAGCUGACCAGGGACAUCACCAAAAGGAACAUCCAGAAGUGCAUUAGCAGAGGGGAGCUCCAGGUGUCUCUGUCAUACCAGCCCGUGGCACAGAGAAUGACAGUGGUGGUUCUCAAAGCCCGACACCUGCCGAAAAUGGACAUCACCGGUCUCUCAGGUAAUCCUUACGUCAAGGUGAACGUCUACUACGGCAGAAAGCGCAUCGCCAAGAAGAAAACCCAUGUGAAAAAGUGCACUUUGAACCCAGUCUUCAACGAGUCUUUCGUCUACGACAUCCCCCCUGACCUGCUGCCUGACAUCAGCAUCGAGUUUCUGGUCAUCGACUUCGACCGCACCACCAAGAACGAGGCGGUGGGGAGGCUGAUCCUGGGGGCACACAGCAUCACCACCAGCGGGGCGGAGCACUGGAGGGAGGUGUGCGAGAGCCCCCGCAAGCCCGUGGCCAAGUGGCACAGUCUGAGCGAAUACUAAUCCUGUGCUCCUCGCCUGAGCCCGGGGCUGGGCAGGGCAGGCGGGGAGACGCCAGGGAGAAGCAGACUUAAAACCUCAUUUUAGUUGUAGAAGAAGAUUUCUUACAAAAUAAACCCCACGAAGAACGCCCCGUGACCACAGCUGCAGAUCAGUUCUUAGUGAUGAUGAUUUUUCUCCUUCGCAAGGCACUAGAAAUUUUUUUUUUUUUUUAAUGGGGAAAAAGAGAGGGAAAGGCCUCACCAGUCUAUAUAUAACAAUGUAACCUUAUACUUGCAUGUCUAAUACAAACUGAAGAAAUUAGCCUAACUGCCAAUAUCAAGUUACAGAUUUUGAUCCAUGAAAAUUGUGUUUUGUGCCGAAUUGUAUUUGCUGAUUACCUGAAAUUGGCCUCUUUUUACCGGGCUUUGCUGGAGAGGCGCCGUCUCCCCCCCCCCCCCCCACCUCUGCAGGUGAGACCUCACGGCUUCAUCUUCCCCGUGUUCUCUGACACCCCUGCUCUUUGGCUGAGCCCAAGGUCCAGAGGUCCAGAGUGAGCCAGGAAACAGGCCAGGUGGACGAGGCAGGGUUUGCAGGGGAGAGAGGAUCCGAGGCGGGGGGUCUCUGCGCCAGCGUUCCCGCGGGGAGGGGGCA